AGGGGAGUCGAGGCCAGGAGCCCCCCCCCUGAGCCUAGGAUAACCCUCAAGAUCGGGGGGCAGCCCGUGACCUUCCUGGUUGAUACUGGUGCCGAACAUUCAGUCCUAACCCAUGCCGGAGUGCCUCUUAGCCGGCAUUCUGCACUGGUGCAGGGGGCAACUGGAAAUAAGAGGUAUUAUUGGACUGCCGAGAGAAAAGUCCAACUGGCAUCAGGGCAAGUAACUCACUCCUUUCUGCACAUACCUGAAUGCCCCCAUCCGCUGUUAGGACGGGACCUAUUAACCAAAUUGAAGGCACAAAUCUAUUUUGAUGAGAAGGGACCGAGGGUCACGGGUCCUAAAGGAGACCCUCUACAAAUCCUCGCCCUCAGUUUAGAAGAAGAAUACCGUUUGUUUGAACCAGAACCCCCGGAGAAAUCACCUGAGGAACUACAGAACUGGCUGAGGGAGUUUCCUCAGGCCUGGGCAGAGACUGGAGGCUUGGGGCUGGCACACGAUCAGCCACCGCUGGUGAUCUCACUAAAGGCCUCCGCGACUCCCGUUUCAAUUAGACAAUACCCAAUGUCACGGGAAGCUCAUGAGGGGAUCAAGCCCCAUAUUCGAAGGCUCCUGGACCAAGGGGUGCUAAAGCCCUGCCAGUCCCCUUGGAACACCCCUCUCUUGCCUGUUAAGAAACCGGGGACAGGGGACUACAGGCCGGUCCAGGACUUGAGAGAGGUCAAUAAGCGGGUGGAGGACAUACACCCCACGGUGCCCAACCCCUAUAACCUUCUGAGCACCCUCCCACCGACCCACGUCUGGUACACUGUGCUAGACCUGAAGGAUGCCUUCUUUUGUUUGAGACUGCACCCUCAAAGUCAAAUGCUAUUCGCUUUUGAAUGGAGGGACCCAGAAAAAGGGCUUUCGGGACAGUUAACCUGGACCCGGCUCCCUCAAGGCUUCAAAAAUAGCCCAACCCUCUUUGAUGAGGCCCUACAUGCAGAUCUGGCCGGAUUCCGGGUCGAACACCCAACCCUGACUCUGCUCCAGUACGUGGAUGAUCUACUCCUGGCGGCCAGGAGUCGAACCGAGUGCCUGGAGGGCACUCGAGCCUUAUUGGCCAGACUUGGACAAAAGGGCUAUAGAGCCUCAGCCAGAAAGGCUCAAAUAUGCCGAGACAAGGUUACCUACCUGGGCUACACCCUGAGCGGGGGGCAAAGAUGGUUAACAAGAGAGAGGAAGGAGACGAUAAUCUCCAUCCCUCCUCCUCGGAACCCCCGCCAAGUUCGAGAGCUCCUGGGUACGGCUGGGUACUGCCGCCUUUGGAUUCCUGGCUUUGCCGAACUGGCAGCCCCAUUGUACCCCCUCACUAAACCAGGGGCCAUGUUCCAAUGGGAAGAGAAGCAUCAGAAAGCAUUCCAACAGAUCAAGAAGGCCUUACUCGAGGCCCCGGCUCUGGGUCUGCCAGAUCUAACUAAGCCCUUUGAGCUGUUUGUGGAUGAGAACUCAGGUUUUGCCAAAGGGGUACUGGUGCAAAGACUGGGACCUUGGAGGAGACCUGUAGCGUACUUGUCCAAGAAAUUGGACCCGGUGGCUACAGGAUGGCCAUCAUGCCUCCGCAUGGUGGCAGCCAUUGCCGUAUUACUUAAGGAUGCCGGGAAGCUGACUCUGGGACAGCCGUUGACUGUGCUGGCCUCCCAUGCAGUGGAGGCCUUGGUCCGACAACCACCGGACAGAUGGCUUUCUAAUGCCAGAAUGACUUACUAUCAGGCCUUACUGCUGGACUCAGACCGGGUAAAUUUUGGGCCGACAGUUUCCCUUAACCCUGCUACCUUGCUGCCACUGCCUAGCCCCUCCGAGGAACAUGACUGCCUCCAGAUUCUAGCCGAAGCACAUGGUACCCGCCCUGAUCUGACAGAUCAGCCGCUUAAGAAUCCAGACGCUGUCUGGUACACAGAUGGGAGCAGUUUCCUGGAGGAGGGGAAACGCAGAGCCGGGGCAGCUAUAACCACCGAAUCGGAAGUGGUAUGGGCAUCGUCACUCCCGCCCGGGACAUCGGCCCAGUGCGCAGAACUGAUUGCGCUCACCCAAGCUCUCCGGAUGGCAGAAGGUAAGAAGCUCACAGUUUAUACUGACAGCAGAUAUGCCUUCGCCACUGCGCAUGUCCACGGGGAAAUCUACAGACGGAGAGGCCUGCUGACGUCCGCGGGUAAGGAAAUCAAAAACAAAAAAGAGAUCCUAGACCUCCUAAAGGCCCUGUUCCUCCCGCUCCAACUCAGUAUUGUCCACUGCCCAGGGCAUCAGAAGGAUGACUCUGCGGUAGCCAGAGGGAAUCGGCUGGCGGAUCUGACUGCCCGAACAGUGGCUUCCCAGCCAGCAGGGAGCAGCCAGUUGAUGGCCAUACAAGAACCACAGCCUGAGAGAGACCCCGUGCCCUAUAGCCCAGAAGACCAUGAGCUAGCAAAGAAAAUGGGGGCGGACUGGGAACAAGGAAGACAAGCAUAUAUACUGGGAGACCGGAUGGUCAUGCCAAACUCCCAUACCCGAUACAUGCUGAGAUUCCUCCAUGCACUGACCCAUUUGAGCAAAAACAAGAUGAAGACCCUAUUGGACAGAGAAAACACCUGGGCAGUGCUGCUGAACCAGGAUCAGGUACUCCAGCAGGUAACUUCUACCUGCCCAGCCUGUGCUCAAGUCAACACAGGAAAGGUUCAUCUAAACAAGGGGGCCCGCCAAAGAGGUCAUCGUCCUGGUGUUCAUUGGGAAAUAGACUUUACAGAAGUAAAACCCGGACUCUACGGGUACCGGUACCUCCUGGUCUUCGUGGACACUUUUUCUGGAUGGAUCGAGGCAUUUCCAACCAAGAAUGAGACGGCUAACGUGGCAACAAAGAAACUGUUGGAAGAAAUCUUCCCCAGAGGCACAUCUUCAAGCCCUCCAACUGGUGCAGAGGGAGAUCUGGAAGCCCCUGGCCAAGGCCUAUCAGGAGCAGCUAGACAAGCCGGUGGUGCCCCACCCCUUCCAGAUCGGGGACUCCGUUUGGGUCCGACGACACCAGACCAAGAAUCUGGAACCACGGUGGAAGGGGCCCUACACUGUCUUGCUGACCACCCCCACUGCACUCAAGGUCGACGGGAUUGCUGCAUGGAUCCACGCCUCGCAUGUGAAGGCUGCCAGGGAACCCGACCCAGCAGGAUCCAGAAAGCCAACAUGGACAGUGCGCCGCACACGAAACCCCCUAAAAAUAAGGUUGGCCCGCGGCUCCUCUUCCUCCCCCUCCUCUUAAUCUCUGCCUACCCCCAGGGGACUAGGGCGGCAGAGAGCCCGCACCUAGUUAAGAGGCUCACUUGGCAGGUUAUCUCACAAACUGGGGAGACGGUCUGGCAAACGGCCGCCCUUCACACCCCCUUCACAUGGUGGCCUAACUUGCAUCCAGAUCUCUGCCAACUAGUAGCAGGGUCAGAGGACUGGGACAUCCCCACCACUGACCCCAUGAACCCCAGAGCACCAGACGUCUGUCAGGAUGGUAAGGGAACUUGCAAAUGUAGUGACGGGAGAUAUGGAUGUGGUCACCCUGAAACCAGAGCAGCCCUGUCACAACUAUCCUUUUACGUCUGCCCCCGGGAUGGUAGGGACAGAAAGAUGAUUAGACAAUGUGGGGGUUAUGAAAGUUACUUCUGUAAAGCAUGGGGAUGUGAAACAACUGGUAAUACCUAUUGGGAGCCUUCAUCCACUUGGGACCUCAUUAGGGUAAAAAGAACUACCCAAAGAGAAAGCCACUCAUGGCGUCCUCUUACUCAAGGACGUUGUUGGGGAACUGUCACGUCAGGAAGAGAUAACACUUACUGGAAAGGGGGGGGCCCUGUGUAAAUUUCACCUGCAACCCCCUGAAUAUAUCUUUUACUCAGAAGGGAAGGGAGAUAACACAAGACUGGAUUAAAGGUAAAACAUGGGGACUUAGACUUUACAUGACGGGAUGGGACCAGGGAGUCGUGUUUACGAUUAGGCUUAAAAUCACGGAGCCCUCCACCUCUAUAGGUCCCAACCAGGUUCUCUCUGACCAAAAGCACCCCUCUUUACCCGCUCCGGCACCCCCGAGGGCUACCCCCCGACCCAAUUCAGCCAUUCGCCCAAGCACGGCUCCGAAUGCUACUGUAACCCCAGUCACCCUCCAGCCACCCAGGCCCGGUACGGGAGACCGGCUAUUGAAUCUUAUAGAGGGCGCUUACUCAGCCCUCAAUGUUACCAACCCAAAUCAGACUCAGGAAUGCUGGUUAUGCCUAGUCUCCACACCUCCCUAUUAUGAGGGGGUGGCCGUAGUUGGAAGCUUCACCAAUUCUUCUUCACCCCCGUCAGGAUGUGCCUCGACACCUCAGCAUAAGCUCACAAUCUCCGAGGUGUCAGGACAAGGACUAUGUCUGGGGAUAGUACCCUACACCCACCAACACCUGUGUAACCGCACCCAGGCACUUGUUCCAGGACCCCACUAUCUCGUGGCUCCCAACGGAACUUAUUGGGCCUGUAGCACUGGACUUACACCAUGCCUCUCCUCCUCAAUACUAGCCAACACGGCCGAUUAUUGUGUGCUCAUAGAACUGUACCCCAAGAUAGUCUACCAUGCACCUGAAGAUAUCUAUGCCCGAUAUGAAACAGGGGUCCCCCGUAUAAAAAGAGAGCCAGUCUCGCUAACCCUGGCCCUGAUAUUAGGUGGAUUAACUAUGGGAGGAGUCGCCGCCGGAAUAGGCACAGGUACCACUGCCCUCAUGGAAACCAACCAGUUCAGACAACUCCAGGUUGCCAUGCAUACCGAUAUCCAGGCACUGGAGGAAUCCGUGAGUGCCUUGGAAAAGUCACUCACCUCCCUGUCUGAAGUAGUUCUGCAGAACCGGAGGGGAUUAGACCUCCUCUUCCUGCAGGAGGGGGGGUUAUGUGCCGCCCUUAAAGAAGAAUGUUGCUUCUAUGCGGAUCAUACUGGGGUGGUGAGAGAUAGCAUGGCUAGAUUAAGAAAAAGAUUAGAACAAAGACAAAAACUCUUUGAAGAACAGCAGGGAUGGUUUGAAGGAUGGUUCAGAAGGUCCCCCUGGCUCACCACCCUCAUCUCCACCCUUAUGGGACCCCUUCUGAUUUUAUUGCUCCUUCUGACGCUCGGGCCCUGUAUCCUAAACAGACUUGUCCAAUUUAUCAGGGAACGCGUUUCUACUAUUCAGACCUUGGUAUUGACCCAACAAUACCAACGACUCAACCAGGUGGAAAUGGAGUCACAUCCCUAUUCUUCCCCAUGAAUGGAGGAUUCCAUUCCCUGAGAUAAGAAAAUGGGGGAAUGAAAGGCCCCAGCAUACUUGCUUAGCCUAACGCCAUUUUGAGCAAGGCCUGAAAAGUACGGGGAAAGUUCAGUUAGAGGACAUGGGCACAGGAACAAACAGGGUAUCUGCAGUCGGCCACCUGGCCCCAGAACAGGGAACUAAAAGGUCAGAAAAACAACUUGUACCCUAGAUAAGAGCCAAGUCAGCAGGCGUGUGGAGCUCGGUGGAAAAACCACGAACUGUCCUGAGUUUGAACCUGGCCUCAUACGAAUCGUCCAAUCAGAACCCUGUAAACUAUGCUUCCUGCUUCUGUACCCGCCCUUCCGCUGCCCAACCCUAUAAAAACCCUCCACUCCAGCCCGUCGGGGCGCCAGUCUCUUCAGCUUCUGGAGGGACUGUAUCGCCCCGGGUACCCGUGUUC